UCCACUAGACGUGCUUACAUCAUUUAUAGAUAGUGAGAUAAAGAAUUUUUAUAAAAGUUAUUCUGUUAAAAUAAUACAAGUUUAUUUCAUCAUGGAAGGAGUAUUUUUAAAAGGAAAAGAAGAAUUUGUCGUGUCAUUCACAAACACGAGUUUGUCUUAUGGAUUAAAAGAUCAGAACGAGACCAGUUUUAUUCAAUUUGAGGAUGUAUUAAGUGUGAAACUACAUGAAGAAUCCAGUUUUACUGUUUAUUUUGCCGCCGCAUCGAAAGGAAGAAAACUUAAGAAAGAGUCGGUGACAUUUGACGGAGAAAAAGCAGAAAAGUUUGCUUUAGAACUGAACGAGAGAAUCAACAAUAACAAAAGACCGAAAAAGCUGUUAGUCAUCAUCAACCCGAACAGCGGUAAAAGAAAUGCCGAAAAGAUUUAUAAAAAUAAAGUUAAACGUCUUUUUGAGUUGAGUGGAAUUGAACCUGUUGUGAAAGUUACCCAGGCCCCUAAAGAAGCUAAACAAAUGCUCCAGGAAUAUGAUCUCUCCACCAUUGAUGGUAUUGUUACUGUGGGUGGUGACGGUCUCUAUUGUGAAUGCAUGACAGGAUUGGUUUUAAGAGUUCAGAAGGACGCUGGAGUAAAAUACAAUUCUCCUGAAGCAAAAGUAGUACCAGCAACCAUUCCGAUUGGUAUUAUUCCUGCCGGUUCCGGUGACUAUAUUGUCCAGUAUUUACACGGCACCAGGGAUGUAACCACUGCAGCGCUUCAUAUCAUACUUGGUAAACGAACUAACGCCAAUGUCGUUGGAGUACAUCAAGAUGGUGAAUUGACGGCGUACUCCGGACUGUUGUUGGGUUUCGGUCUUUUCGGUGACAUCAUGUAUGAUUGUGAGAAGUUUAGAUGGAUGGGACCAACUAGAUAUAACAUUAUACCAGUUGGAACUGUAUUACGUCGACGAGCUUUUGACUUGGAUGUAGAAUACCAACUCUCUGACACCAAGGAAUGGCAGAAAGUCGACGAUACCAUGUAUGGUGUUGACACCUACGUCAUUACCAGAACUCCUAAAGAUCGGAAAAUGGUGCCAAAAUUCGGCGAUGAGGCUAUUAACCUCUAUAUGACCAGUAAAUGCAGUUUCGCUAAACACGUCAAACAGCUGGCCCAGGUUCAAGACCACAAAGCCGAAUGUUUCGAUCACGAAUUUGUAAAAGAACGCCGAGUGGAUGCUUAUAAAGUUAAACUUACACGAGCUUCUUCCAUCAUCUCAGAUAAUGGCGAGCCGGGUCUAGAAGAAAAAUACUACAUUAACUGUGAUGGCGAGGUUAUCACGCUCACUCACCCUGAAUUCGAGGCUAGAUUUCAUAGAAAUGUUAUCCAGUUAUUUGGACAAGCCGAGGCCUAAACACCAGACGUUAGAUAUAACGUUGAAAUCUGAUGUUUUAGUUCCAAGGAACUACUGAAAUCAUGGUUUGGGAUUUCAGCCCGAUGCGACUGCGCCGAGUUGUGACGUGAAAGGGGGUGGUGCUUCAACCAAUGAAGACCGUGAGAACUCGGCUCGUUGACCUUCACCAAUAGAAGGAGAGCCAAUAGAAAGACAGAUUAGAUCGUCAUCGGUACAUUCAAAAUCUACACCGGAAACACAAACAAUCUAAACAGUGACAAAACGAAAAGUGUAGGAUUUUUGUCUAUAAAAAAAACUGUACCUUAUGCAAUCGGAUCUAAAUCUAUGGAAGGGAUUUGCGACGUCCAUUCGAGGCAAACAGUGUGCGUCGGGAGUUGCGCUGUCGGACGUUAUGUCCGUUACGUUUUUAAAGACAUGAUCAUGUGAUCAUAAGACUAUGUAGGUAGGUUAUACUACCACGGAGGCGUUUAAAACAAAAAUAACUAUUUUAUAUUUUUGUAUAUAGAAAUUUAUAAUGGACGUGUAAUUAAAUUUCUAGACAUGGAGAAGAAUAUUUGUCUAAAAAUGCCAAUUAAUGUUGUUUGUCGGGCUUUAAAUGUUAUAUAAUUUAUUAUUUAGACAUUUAUUCACAUGACAAGCCCAUAAUCAACUCACGAGACCAACUCAUCUGGCGGAUGACUGGGGUAUUAAAUUGAUUAGACAAUGUAUAUCAAUGUAUCAUUAUAUAUCAU